AGUCAUUUUAGUUUUGCAGCAUCUUCCUUCACUGACGGAGAACAGCUUUGCUUUACUCUUGACUGCGGUUGCAAAUGGAAAAGUUUAAAAUACUCCUUUUGACAGUGGCAGUCAUUGCACCAGUAACAUCUCAAAAUGCGGCUGAUGACCUUCCCAGUGUUAAAGUCGUGUCAGACUGGACAGAUGCUUUCCCUGGUGAAACUGUGACUUUGCAGUGUGAGAUUCAAAAUACAUCAGAAAACUGGACAUAUAAGUGGUUCAAGGAUGGAAACAUUGUUUCUAUUGGUCCUGACACACAGAUAAAUGGAAACACACUGUUAAUCUCUGUUAAACCCGGCCAAAGUGGGACAUACACAUAUGUUUGUCAAGCUGAGCUGGAGGGCAGGUCGGUGAAGACUAAAGAAAGCUUAUCACAUUCAUUUAAAAUUCAUGGAUCCAAACCAACAAUCAGUUUGAAGCAAGAUCCAGAAUACCCAGAGAUCUACACCGGGGAACAGGUCAGACUUACCUGUAGCAUUACAGAGCAGACAUCUCCUCAGUGGACAUAUCAGUGGAAAAAAGACAAUACUGAGGUCAACAGUGGCAGUCAGACUUACAAUAUCUCAAGUGCUACAAUGCUUCACAAAGGGUCCUACACGUGUCAUAUAAGCAGGAAUGGGGUCACAUUUUCAUCUGAGCCAAAUAACCUGACCAUAAUUGAGCCACCUCAACCAACACUCUCCAAAGAGCCUCAAUGGGAUUUAUUUUACCCAACUGAAAAGGUGACUCUGACGUGUUCAAUCAAUUUAAAUCCAAAUGAUUGGAAAUAUAGAUGGUACAAAAUCAAAGAUAAGAUGGACAAUGACAUAUCCAUAUCUGGAAAAACACUUACAAUAAACUCAGCAAAAUCAAGCCACUCUGGAAAAUAUAUGUGCAAAGCAAAACAUCUACGGAGAUCUACAACUACAAAACCAGCAGAACUUUUGGAGCUUCACAUUUCAGAUUCCACGCCUAAACCAACCAUACGACCAGAGCCAUCAUUUGAGUUUUUCUACACUGAUGAGCGAGUCCAGCUUACUUGUAACAUGCCAGGUGCCGCAUGGGAAUAUUAUUGGUACAAAGACUCAAAGACAACAGAACUUUCUACUGGAAAUAAAAAUUAUAAUAUUAGUUCAGCAUCUCUUCAUGACACUGGUGAAUAUUACUGCAAAGCAAAGAGACGUGACUUCUCAAUCAACAGUGCGAAAAUAAAAGUGCAAGUUAAAGAGCCACCUCAACCACAACUGUCCAAAGAGCCUCAAUGGGAAUUAUUUUACCCAACUGAAACGGUGACUGUGACGUGUUCAAUCAAUGAAAAUCCAAAUGAUUGGGAAUAUGAAUGGUACAAAAACAAAGAUAAGCUCUCCAAAGACAAUGACAUCUCCUUAUCUGGAAAAACACUUUCAAUAACCUCAGCAAAAUCAAGUCACUCUGGAAACUAUACGUGCAAAGCAAAACAUCUACAGAGAUCUCCAGUCACUACAAAAGAAACAGAGGCUCUGCAGCUUCACAUUUCAGAUUCCACUCCUGAACCAGCCAUACGACCAGAGCCAUCAUUUGAGUUUUUCUACACUGGUGAACAAGUCCAGCUUACUUGUGACAUGCCAGGUGCCGCAUGGGAAUAUUAUUGGUACAAAGACUCAAAAACAACAGAACUUUCUAAUGCAAAUAAAAAUUAUAUUAUUAAUUCAGCAUCUCUCCAUGACACUGGUGAAUAUUACUGCAAAGCAAAGAGAGGCAACGUCUCAAUCAACAGUGAGAACAUGACAUUGCAAGUUAAAGAGCCACCCCAACCAAAAGUAUCCAAAGAGCCUCAAUGGGAUUUAUUUUACCCAACUGAAAAGGUGACCCUGACGUGUUCAAUCAAUGAAAAUCCAAAUGAUUGGGAAUAUGAAUGGUACCGAAACGAAAUUAAGCUCUCCAAAGACAAUGACAUCUCCUUAUCUGGAAAAACACUUUCAAUAAACUCAGCAAAAUCAAGUCACUCUGGAAGUUAUAAGUGCAAAGCAAAACAUCAACGGAGAUCUCCAGUCACUACAAAAGAAUCAGAGGCUCUGCAUCUUAACAUUUCAGAUUCCACUCCUGAACCAGCCAUACGACAUGACCCAUCAUUUGAGUUUUUCUACACUGAUGAACAAGUCCAGCUUACUUGUGACAUGCCAGGUGCCGCAUGGGAAUAUUAUUGGUACAAAGACUCAAAGACAACAGAACUUUCUGCUGCAAAUAAAAAUUAUAAUAUUAGUUCAGCAUCUCUUCAUGACACUGGUGAAUAUUACUGCAAAGCAAAGAGACGUGACUUCUCAAUCAACAGUGGGAAAAUAAAAGUGCAAGUUAAAGAGCCACCUCAACCAGAACUGUCCAAAGAGCCUCAAUGGGAAUUAUUUUACCCAACUGAAAAGGUGACUCUGACGUGUUCAAUCAAUGAAAAUCCAAAUGAUUGGGAAUAUGAAUGGUACAGAAACGAAAUUAAGCUCUCCAAAGACAAUGACAUCUCCUUAUCUGGAAAAACACUUUCAAUAAACUCAACAAAAUCAAGUCACUCUGGAAGUUAUAAGUGCAAAGCAAAACAUCUACGGAGAUCUCCAGUCACUACAAAAGAAACAGAGGCUCUGCAGCUUCAAAUUUCAGAUUCCACACCUAAACCAGCCAUACGACCAGAGCCAUCAUUUGAGUUUUUCUACACUGAUGAGCGAGUCCAGCUUACUUGUGACAUGCCAGGUGCCGCAUGGGAAUAUUAUUGGUACAAAGACUCAAAGACAACAGAACUUUCUAAUGCAAAUAAAAAUUAUAUUAUUAAUUCAGCAUCUAUCCUUGACGCUGGUGAAUAUUACUGCAAAGCAAAGAGACGUGACUUCUCAAUCAACAGUGAGAACAUGACAUUGCAAGUUAAAGAGCCACCUCAACCACAACUGUCCAAAGAGCCUCAAUGGGAAUUAUUUUACCCAACUGAAAAGGUGACUCUGACGUGUUCAAUCAAUGAAAAUCCAAAUGAUUGGGAAUAUGAAUGGUACAAAAACAAAGAUAAGCUCUCCAAAGACAAUGACAUCUCCUUAUCUGGAAAAACACUUUCAAUAACCUCAGCAAAAUCAAGUCACUCUGGAAAUUAUACGUGCAAAGCAAAACAUCUACGGAGAUCUCCAGUCACUACAAAUGAAACAGAGGCUCUGCAUCUUAACAUUUCAGAUUACACGCCUAAACCAGCCAUAGAACAAGAGCCAUCAUUUGAGUUUUUCUACACUGGUGAACAAGUCCAGCUUACUUGUGACAUGCCAGGUGCCGCAUGGAAAUAUUAUUGGUACAAAGACUCAAAGACAACAGAACUUUCUACUGCAAAUAAAAAUUAUAUUAUUAAUUCAGCAUCGGUCCGUGACACUGGUGAAUAUCACUGCAAAGCAAAGAGACGUGACUUCUCAAUCCAAAGUGAGGGGAAAAAAGUGAAAGUUAAAGCUCUUUCAGCAGCUUCACUGAACCUGGUCACUGAAUUGAAUGACAUCAUCGCUGGAAAUAUCCUGACACUGAAUUGUGAGGUUUUAGAUGAUAAAACAUGGAAUUUCACCUGGUUUGAAAACAAUCAGGAGCUGAAUGAAUCUUCAAGUACAUUAAAGGUCAAAUCAACCGAAGAAACCAUUAAAAAUGAAUUUAAAUGCAGAGGAAAAAGGACAGAACGACCGCUGCAGUCCUCUUGGAGUGAGGGGUUCAAGGCAAAUAAUAUUUUGUUCAAAAGAAAAAUACUGCUGGCCAUUUCAGGCUGUUUUGUCUGCUGUAUUGUCAUUUUGAUCAUUGGAUGCAUCGUACUGAAGGUCACUCGUAAACCAGAGAAGAAAGAGCCAGUUCAUGAGGACUUGUUUAUCUCACUAGCAGAUUCCAAGAACCAAACUACUUCACCCUUGAUGGAGUACAUGGGCAGUAAACCAUUAGAAAAAGAAUCUGAGGAAAAAGAAGAACUGCAGCUGGAUCGUAUUUUAGUCACCCAUGUUGAUGGUGUGAUAAUGGAUGAAGAUUCACCAUCAGAAGAAACCAAUGACCUAACAUCUUUUAAAUAGCAAUCUAAAGCAUUUUGUCAACAAUCAACAUCAAGACAAAGCUUCGCUCUUUUCUACUAAAGCAGUUAAAGUAGCACCUGCAUUUUUAAUAAAACUGCUUUAUGUAUUACAGCAUAGCACCUUUAUAUACACAAGACUGAAUAAAUGCUUUUGUUUAA